AUGUCAUCUCAAAGAAUCGAUUUAACCAAAUUAGGACCCGAACAGCUGGCCGCUGUCAAACAACAAAUUGAUCAAGAGUUUCAGCAUUUCAAUCAAUCAUUGCAAGCAUUAACGCUAGCUAGAAAUAGAUUUCAAGAUUGUAUCGAAGAUAUAAAAUCAAUUUCCAGUCCUGAAAACAAGGAUCAAAAGAUAAUGGUUCCAGCAUCAGCAUCGCUAUACAUCCCUGGUAAGAUUGUGGAGAAUGAUAAAUUUAUGGUAGAUGUAGGGACAGGAUACUAUGUGGAAAAGACUGAUACAGAAGCUAUGUCGUUCUACGAGCAUAAGAUUCAAAAACUGAAUAAAGAAUCGGUUCAGAUUCAAAAUAUUAUCAAAGAAAAGACAAGUGCAUCUUUAGCCAUUGAAGCCCACAUUAGACAAGCCGCAAUGAGCCAGCAUCAGGAAGCACUUAAGCAACAGCAAGCGCAGCAACCUACUAAUGCUAAUUGA